CUUAUGAACAUAAUAAAUACAAAAUCGAUAAAGGUAUUCUUAAUAAAACUAGGAUCAUGGCGCUUGUUUAUUAUGAGGGAACAGUCAAACCAGCGGGUGGAAAUCAUGACCCCGAGGAGGCCUCCAAUCGUCUGCAUAAAGCCAUACGGGGGCUCGGAACUGACGAAAAAGUUAUAAUUGAUGUCUUAGCUGGACACAUCAACUAUGAACGACAAGAAAUCAAAAAGAUGUACAAAACAAUGUUUGGUCAGGACUUGGUGGAGGACUUAAAGAGUGACCUCAGUGGUAACUUUGAAAAGCUGUGUCUGUACCUGUUGAUGCCCAGUAGAAUGUUUGAUGCCUGGUGUCUGUAUCAGGCUAUAGAGGGCCUAGGGACAGAUGAAGAAAGGCUAAUAGAAAUUCUGUGUACUAAAACAAAUGGUGAAAUCCAAGACAUUAAAGAGGAAUAUCUGACUUUUUUCAAAAGAUCAUUAGAAGAUGAUGUAAGGAAAGAUACUAGUGGCCAUUUUCAGCACAUCCUGAUCAGCCUGCUACAAGGGAACAGGAGUGAAGACCAAGAGAUGGAUGACAAAAAGGUCCAAAAAGAUGCCAGGGAUUUAUAUGAGGCAGGUGAGAACAGAGUAGGAACCCAUACGUCUGUCUUCAACAGCAUCCUGGCUUCACGCAGUCCUCCACACCUACAGGCUGUGUUUGACCAGUACAGAAGAAUCAGCCAACAAGACAUUGAAGGUGCUAUCCGAUCCGAGACCAGUGGAAACCUGUGCAAGGCUUUCCUGGCUAUUGUGAAGUGUAUUAAAGACCCCACAGAUUACUAUGCAGAAUGUAUCCACAAGUGUAUUAAGGGACUAGGAACAAAUGAUGAAAGACUCAUGGAAUUAAUUGUCUCCCAUUGUGAGAUUGAUUUGAAAGAUAUUGGGGAUGCAUACUUAAAGAAGUAUGGAGAAAGUCUGCCUCUGGCCAUAAAGGGGGACACAAGUGGAGACUAUGGGAAACUGCUUGUGAGACUUGCCACACCCCAGUGAUUAAUCCAGAGACAUUAACAUUGCUUCAGUCAUAAGAAUAGCAGCAUAUGUGUAUGCUAUACCUUGUAAAGGGCACAGGGAAUUCAUCAAUAAGUGAGAAUGUGAUCUUGGAAUAAGAUAAAGUGAAUUCUAAGACCAUUGAACACUUUUUCAAGAAUGUGAAAGAAACAGUAAUUAAAAAUCUAUCAUAUACAUACAAGUAAUAUACACUGUAAGAAUGAAUGACAGAAUUGCAGAUAUCAAGCUUGGUAAAAUUUAGUUCUGUCCUUUCUCAAAAACAGGAAAUAAAUUGUAAAUUUACAUA